CUUUGGAGUGGCAACCUUCGUGGCGCCAGCAAUGAAAAACAGAAUUAUAUAUGGGUGAUGCUGAGAAAGGUAAGAAGAUUUUUGUUCAGAAGUGUGCCCAGUGCCACACGGUGGAAAAGGGAGACAAGCACAAGAGUGGGCCUAAUCUCCACGGUCUCUUCGUGCGGAAGACAGGUCAGGCCACUGGAUUCUCUUACACAGACACCAAUAAGAACAAAGGCAUCACCUGGGGAGAGGAUACACUGAUGGAGUAUUUGAAGAAUCCCAAGAAGUACAUCCCUGGAAGAAAAAUGAUCUUUGCCGGAAUUAAGAAGGCAGAAAGGGCAAACUUGAUAGCUUAA